AUGGCAACCCUAAAAAUAACCAAAAGGCAUCAUAAACACCUAAACAAUCCCUUCCCUUCAACCCCAAGAUCACUCCCUUUCAUUCAAGGAAGUCUUCUUUUCAAUUCUCAAACAGUCCCAUCAAACAAAAUCUUCUCAGUUGGCAAGGAUUUCCAGCUUCUUUGGAGCACCAAAAAUGGAGGGAAUGUCUCAAUUUAUCAUCACUCUCAACCUACAAAGGCCCUGUGGUCUACCAUCCCAGGACAAGCUUUUGUUAGUGCAGCAUUGUGCGAGACAGAAGUGGAAGAGAGCAGAGGAUCUUUUGCUAUAAACGAUAGGAAUGUUUAUUUGGUUUGUGAUCAUCAAACUAUUGAAGAUAUAAGAGUGAUUAAUGAGCCUGAUCACCAUUUUGAUCACUCUAAUGAUCAUGAUCUUUCAUCUGGGAAUUUGGGUUUGAAUCAGAUAAGUGAUUUGAAGGAUACCCAGUUUCCUGUUUUGUUGAUAACAGGUUGGUUAUUAAGUAAUGGGAGGAAGAAGAGGCAUCAAGAAUCGGGCUUUUACAAAGACAUACAGUUUGAGACAAGGGGACCACUUACUUGUGCAAGGUAUCGGGUCCUAUUUGAUCAAAAGAAUAAUAACCAAAUUGGUUUUCAAGUGAGAACUGGACCACCAAAUUUUGAAUUUCAGCAAAGAAUUUCUCCAACUCCUUUGGGAAGAUACCACCGAUUAAGGCGAAAGCUAGGAAAGAUUAGAAAACGAAAGCUUGGAUGGUGUCGGUUCUUUACAAGGUCUCGAGGGUUUGUUGCAGUUUCUUCUUCAUCAGAGGAGAACAUGGAAAUGAGGGCUACAGAGUUGACAGAAUUCAAUAGAGUCUGUAUAACCUAUUCCAGUGAAGGAAAUGAAAGGUUUUACGGUUUUGGGGAGCAGUUCUCUCAUAUGGACUUCAAAGGCAAAAGGGUGCCCAUUUUGGUUCAAGAGCAGGGAAUUGGAAGAGGGGACCAACCUAUUACUUUUGCUGCUAACUUGGUUAGCUACAGGGCUGGGGGUGAUUGGAGUACAACUUAUGCUCCUUCACCAUUCUACAUCACAUCUAAGAUGAGGUCUCUUUACCUUGAAGGAUACGAUUAUUCUGUAUUCGACCUGACAAGACAUGACAGAGUUCAGAUACAGAUCCAGAGCAAUUCAGUUCAAGGAAGAAUACUGAAUGGCAACUCACCUUCGGAGCUUAUUGAACACUUCACAGAAACUAUCGGGAGGCCUCCUGAGCUUCCUAAUUGGAUUAUAUCUGGGGCGGUUGUUGGAAUGCAAGGUGGCACAGAAGCUGUACGCCGUGUUUGUGAUGAAUUGAAAGAUCAUAAGGUUCCCGUUUCAGCAUUUUGGUUACAGGAUUGGGUAGGGCAGAGGGAGACAAUGAUUGGAUCGCAACUAUGGUGGAAUUGGGAAGUGGAUACGAUGAGGUAUCAUGGGUGGCAGCAACUAGUUAAGGAUCUCAGUGCAAAGAAUAUUAAAGUGAUGACAUACUGCAAUCCUUGUCUGGCUCCGGUAUUUUUCUUUUCCAAAGAACUUAUGGCAUUACCAUUUACAUUGUCUUCGCAUAAAACCAAACCGAAGGAGAAAUCUUUUGAGGAGGCAAAAAAGCUGGAUAUCCUAGUGAAAGACAAGCAUGGAGAGCCAUAUAUGGUUCCAAAUACGGCAUUUGAUGUGGGAAUGAUGGAUCUGACCCACCCACAUACUGCUGGUUGGUUCAAGCAGGUUUUACAGGAAAUGGUUGAUGAUGGAGUGAAAGGGUGGAUGGCUGAUUUUGGUGAAGGCCUGCCUGCAGAUGCCACUCUCUAUUCAGGUGAAGAUCCUCUUUCAGCUCAUAAUAGAUACCCAGAGCUAUGGGCCCAAAUAAACCGAGAGUUUGUGGAAGAAUGGAAGACACAUUGUGUGGGUGAGGAGAGAGAAGACCCGGAAGAGGCUUUGGUCUUCUUCAUGAGGGCUGGUUUCAGGGAUAGUCCCAAAUGGGGGAUGCUAUUUUGGGAAGGAGACCAAAUGGUAAGUUGGCAAGCUAAUGAUGGAAUAAAAAGUGCCGUUGUUGGCCUACUGAGCAGUGGACUUUCUGGAUAUGCUUUCAACCAUAGUGAUAUUGGAGGCUAUUGUGCUGUAAACUUACCUUUUAUUAAUUACCAACGAAGCGAAGAGUUGCUCAUGCGAUGGAUGGAGCUAAACGCUUUCACCACUGUUUUCCGGACUCAUGAAGGAAACAAGCCAUCCUGCAACAGCCAAUUCUAUUCCAACCACAAAACUUUAUCACAUUUUGCACGCUGUGCUAAGUUGUACAAAGCUUGGUAUUCCUACAGAAUCCAACUAGUAAAGGAAGCUGCUCGGAAAGGCCUACCAGUUUGCCGCCACCUAUUUCUCCACUACCCAAAUGAUAGGAAUGUGCAUAGCUUGAGUUACCAGCAGUUCUUGAUUGGUACUGAAAUCCUAGUGGUGCCUGUACUUGACAAAGGCAAGAAGAAUGUCAAGGCUUAUUUUCCAGAGGGUGAUGCUUGUUCCUGGCAGCAUAUCUGGUCAGGAAAACUAUUUAAAGAACAAGGUUCGGAAGCCUGGGUAGAGGCUCCAGUUGGAUAUCCUGCUGUAUUUAUUAAGGCUGGCUCCACUGUGGGAGAAACAUUUGUUGAAAAUCUGAGAAAUUUUGGCAUUCUUUGA